AAGAAUAUGUGAAGGAGUGUUGGAUUUGGCUGACAACAGAGAGUAAGAAAUCAUUGCCAUUGAAGGUGUUAAAUUGGAACUGUAUUACCAUAGACGCCUACGUUUUGGCCUUGGCCAUUUGAGAGCAUGAUUGAAGAAUCCGGGGUUCGAGAGAGUGAGGUUGUCGGAUAAGCGUUUUCCCCCGAUCUUCUUCAUGUCCCAUGCAAAAGAGCUACGACAGAGGUAGAUGCGCUGACUGGUUUUCCUUUGAAGGAAAUCGGCGAAAUUGUCUGCGUGGGGAGGAUGAUUUCUGAGAAUUCGAUCCAACGGCAGAUAGGUUCCCGAAGUUGAUCUGUUCCCAUUUGGUUUUUUUCGAGGUUGCCAGGUUACAAAAUCAGGUUUGAGUUUCCCGGCUAUUCUGGCCCAAAGCGCCCGUUGAAGGUUGUCUGUUUUGGAAGAGAAAACAACACAUAAGGCUACUACUGCUCACGGACCUUGGGCUUUGUGAUGGGAUCCCCACUCCUCGGUAAAGCGAUGUAAUAAGUCGGUGGGAACAUUUUCCAGUGAUAACUUCGGUGUCACUCAAGUUAUCGAAGUUAAAGUCCGUGCAAUCGGGCAAGGAGUUCAGGAUGUCGUACAGGCCCAAUCACUUUCCUCGCCCACCAGGAGGGCAUCGUAAUGAAUUUUUCGCUCCACCACGUCACGAGUAUUUGGCCAAUGACCAAUUCCAUCCGCGGAAUCCCAACCACUUUGGUGGAGGACGUCCUAGGUUCCAUAAUCAUGGGAAUCGUCACUUUUACAAGGAAGGGUUUGUCCCUAGGGCCAAGGUUGUUAAGCGCCAUCAGGAGCAGGAGCAAACCUUUGAUCAAAGUAAGCGUCCGAAGAUGGCCACUCAGUCCGAGCGACGUUUGAAUAGUGACCCGAGAAUUCGACCACCUUCCGUUUCAAAGGAUGCUCCCAAGGUAGUGACUCCAAGCCCACCCCCGCCCAAUCCCCCAGCACCGAAUCCGCCUGCACCGAAUCCGCCUAUACCGAAUCCUCUACCGCCCCCACCUUUGUCUCAAGAGAGUGCUCUUCCUUCCACCAAUCCAAUCACACCGUCAACGAGGCCAGGAGCGAAAGACUUGCCCUCUCCUGUCCCGGCCACGCAGAAUGUGCCCGAAAAAAUGGAAUCUUUUUUUUGUCGACUGUGCAACAAUAAUAAGCCCAUUCGAUCAGAGAAGGACUUCGUUCUACAUCUGACCUUCAUUCAUUACCAGGAGCGAAUAAUGAAACGUAUACAACCUCCUUUCAAGUGUCUCAAGUGCGGGUACUCUCCUGGAGACUGCGAGAGCAUCAAUCAGAAACGGGAAGAUCUUCUCAUGCACUACGGCAGCUAUGAGGGUGUGUCCUUACAGUAUUACAAAAUCGAUUGCGCCAAUAUUCCUGAGAUUUCGGAAAAGCCUCGUGAGACAGAACUAACGCCAUUAGUCAGUCCGGUCCAUGUAUGUGAGAUUUGCAAUGCCUCUCAUGACAAUGAACGGCUUUUCAUCAGACAUAUCAGCCUUCGCCAUUUUUCCCGAGAGCUCUGUGAUGAAUUGCCGAAAAGUGUCCCAUUCAAGUGUCCAUACAUUGAUUGUAAUCAAGAGAAAACAAAUCUACACCAUCUUAUGAUGCAUUACGGUUGCGAGCACAAUGUCAGUAUGGAGCUUUAUCUGAAGAGGCAAGGGAAGUCAUCUGCAAAUCCAGCCACGAUGACCACUUCCAAGGAAAUACCACCCGUGAAGGACUUAUCCUCUCCCACUGUAUCAGAGUCUGGGCAAAAUACCUUUGAAAAACCACCCCCGAAGCCGCCCUUGGAAUCCCUUGAUCCGGAUAGGGGAUCGUCAACCAAUUUUGGAUCUAGUUCGAGCAAGAAAAGUACCACCUACCUCUGCACUGUGUGCAGAGAUAAGAGGACCUUUAUCACCCAGAAAUCCUUGAACUAUCAUCUGAUGCUGGUUCACUUCUUUCCCAAUUUGUCGAAGGUGGGUCCGUACGAUUGUAAUCAGUGUGAUGGCAAGUUCUCCGAGAGAAAUUUAUUUGCUCGUCACUUUCUGGAAGCCCAUUUUGAAACGUAUCUUUUGGAAUUCAAAGCCAACGGUAACAAACCCCCACGCGCGGCCAGUGGACUCGUAUCAAAGAUCAAGUCAAAGCCAAAGUCAGACAAACUCGACCUCGUUUCUACCUCAUCUGACGGCAAAGAAAGCGCUUCAUCCAAGCCGCAAACUAAACCUUCCUCUGGCCGGAGAAACCCAUCUCAGUCUUUUGAUGAUGCCCUAGGAUCUCCUCAAAGCCCAGGGGAAGCCAAGUCCGAAAGUGCUCAUGGACCGAGAGUUCGUAAGACAAUUCACAACAUUUCUACUGCUCGGCAAAGAUUGGUCAAAAACUGGGAAAAAUCCUCAUUUGAUGCACAUAAUAGUAAGAUAGAAGAACUGGAGGCCGACAUUGAGACCCUGAAAGAGAGUCACAAGGAGGCUAUGAAUACCAAAGUGUGUGAAUUUGAGAGGUGGAUACAAAAGAAGGAGACUGCCUUGGAAGAAGAAGAGAAAUGCCGGAAAAGUGUGGAACAAAAAUUGGAACAAGCGAAUGUGGAUGUCGUGGACCUUCAGAAACAGUUGGAGCAAGCUCAAACGAAUUGCUCCACCCUAGAGACGAUUGUCGCGGAGAAGUUGAGUGCCAAUAGCAAGAUAUCUAAGGAGAAGAAGACAUUAGAAAAAAACAUGAAGACAUUACAAGAGGAAGUAUCAUCCCUCCAAGAGAAUGACAGGGCCACUAAAGAAAAACUCGAAGAGGAAUCUGAGAAAACCAAGGCUAAAGAAGUGGCACUCACUGAGAAAGAAGAGGAACUGAAAGAACUUUCUCUGGCCCGAGAAAGAGAUGUGGCGGAGUCUGAGAAGAAGCGUGUCAGACUAGAACGGCAAUGCGAGGCACAGAAGGCAAAGGUUGAGAAAUUCAUUCUUGAAAAGAAGGAGCGAGUUCAACAGGAGAAGGAAACGGCGAAAAAGCAGAAGGAUCUUGAAAAGGAUCUUCAAGAACAGAUUGCUAGGCUGACCAAGGAGAACCGACAACUGACUUUGAAGACUGCUCAAGAAAAGCAAGCCGAAUCUACAACUUUGAGCAAAGUCGAGGAGAUAACGCAAUUGCUAAAGAACUCCGAAUCCCAGGUGGAAUUGUUGGAAACCGAACGUAACGUUCUGUUGGAGAGUUUGGAGCGGCUCCAGAAGAUCUUGAACGAUUUUGAAUCCAUUGUUGAUGAAAAGAAUGACAAGAUUAAGGAACUUAAUGCCCGGCUCGAGGACAACGAAACCAACCUAGAAGAAGCUAUGCAAAAAAUCAAAGAUCAGAAAGGCAUCGACCGCGAAAAGAGAGAUCUUCAUCGACAAAUCAAGCAACUCCAAUCCACCUUGAAGGAUUGGGAGUCCCGACAGUUCAACAACCUGAAACUUAUUGAUAGCCUUCAGAAGGAAAACACGGAAUUGAAAGUUCGAAUCAAGAACUUUGACGAAAAUAAUACUGGUGCUGAAGAGGAGCUGUCUCAUCUUAAGUCUGCAUUCAAAGCCAAAGAGCGUGAUCUCAAUAAUGUUAGGCAACAGCUCAACGAGCUUGAAAAGGACAAGGCCAAGAUAGAGGCCCGCAUGAGAAGCAAAAGUGACGAGAUCUUCUCUCUUCAAAAUCGAAAUGACGCCCUUGAUACUCAGGUUCGCGAUCUCGAGCGGGAGAUUCGGAACGCAGCUGCGACCUCUGUCAAUCAAGCAAGCGUCGACGAUCUCCGGCAAGAAUUGACCAAUCAAGAGGGAGAGCUCCGGCACCUUCGAAUGACCUUGAUGAACGUGAAAAGUCAGUACAACGAUCAAAAGGCCGAAAAUGUCAAGCUCAAGGAAAUGGUGGAGAAUGCCAAGGCUAGAAACGACACCUUUGAAAGCGACUACUCCAAGCUAGUCACCGAACAUGCCACGGUCACGUCUGUACUAAAGCACAAAAAUCAAGCGCGCUUGACCGGGAUCAAGACUGUGGACCAAAUGCGGGAGGAUUCCACGAUUUCAGUGAAAGAAGAGCCUUUGGACAACUUGGAGGACAUAGAAGAUCUCGCUGAAUUUGAUUCGCUGCCCGGAGCUUCUCGUGUUGAUACGUCCAAGGCCAUCUUGUUUGAUGUACCCGCCGUUAUUGACAAAGGAACCCCUGCCUCUGACUUCCAACCUAACAAGGUGUUCAAUGCCGCCGCACCUCUUUUGGAGGGUUCCGCCUCGCCAGAUCUGGAUUCCUUCUUCCCCGAGAGUCAGGCUAAUCUUCCGCCGUUGAGUUUCAUCUCCGAUCCGUCCAAAAUGAGCACCGUGGCGAAGAGGCCCUCCAAGUCAGUAAAACCAACGGUGGGCAAGAAACCCGCCAAGAAGAAAAAACCAAAAUCAUCCGUCUUGGUAGACGUCACGGCGGCUUACGACGAUCGUGAUGACAUAGUCUGUGGGAUAUGUGAGCAAUUCGAUCCGCCCGUAUCUCCUGAAAAUUCCGGCGAUAAACGAAAACGAGCCAAAUAUACUACCGAAUGGGUGGGCUGUGAUUGUGAUAGAUGGUUUCAUCGGCAGUGCACCAAGCUCUCGCGAGUCUCAGACAAGUUCUCUUGCCGUAGUGUAAAGAUGAAGUGUCUGAAAACCAAAUCCACUUCGACCACUGGGAGUAAAAAAGCCACAAAUAAUUCGAACUCGGCCACAUUCCCGGGAUCGUCAGUAUUUGACUCUGUCGAGCUUCUCCCGAUCCUAGAAUUCAUCCGGAAAGUAGAUCAGACAUUAGGACAAUUGGUGAAAGCAAAGGUGUUGAAGGAGUAUUACUUCAAUGCCUCCUUUGAGCCCAACAUCCCUGAAGAUUCGUUGGAGCAAGGGAGCAAGAUCCUUGGAGUUUUUCGUGGUUGUCAAGAGGUGGCAGACGUGUUUUGUUCAGAGGAGCAGGAGUCUCUGGACAAUGUGAUGAACACUAUUCACGAUCUCACUUUAGAGAAUGAUGUAUCCCUGAACUGUCCUUUCUGCCAAAAGUUGUUCCAAGGAACCUUGCUUCUUGAGAAGCACAUGAAACAGAAGCAUCUAUCCAAAGCGUCCAAAGAGGAUUUGGAAAUCGUCGUGAAGAAAGUCUUGAACACUUGCUCAAUAUGUAAGAAGAAGUUCGCUACGGAAGAACUCUUGAAAAAUCACAAAGAGAGCUUACAUUUAGAAAAUGAUUUGACAUUGGGAUUGUCCAUCCCGGAUGAGGAUCUUCCCUUCUUCUGCUGCCAAAGAUGCUACAAGUCAUUCCGGACCCAUCAAGACAUAUUAGCCCAUUCUUGUGCGGUGAAAGAGUCCGAGGCUAAUCCCGUGGCCUUUUCAAAAUCUGCUUUGCUGCAACAGCAUAACCGUUUUUAUUGCGGAUAUUGUGACGAGGCAUUUCGACGAUGCUCUCGAAUGAAGUAUCAUGUCACCACUUGUCAAGGGGGUGGUCCUUUCACGUGUGAACUCUGUCAAGCUGAAACUCCCACUCUCAAUCUGAUGAAGGCCCACAAGGUUGAAUCUCAUAAGAACCAACUGGCCUAUUGGUGUAAGGUCUGCCCCAAGCAAUUCAAGUUCAAUAGUUCCCUUCAAAAGCAUAUAGCCUCGAUUCACGAGGCAAACAAAUCCGCCUUCAGAUGCGACGACUGUGGUAAAAGGUUCCUCAAAAAGGUGUACCUGACCAAUCAUCGAACCCGAUUCCACAACAUGUUUAAGCCGUUUUUAUGUCAAAAUUGUGGCCAAGGGUUUUUGACUCAAGAGAGCUUGAAGGCCCAUUCGGCCACACACUCGGUCACAAAACCAUUCAAAUGCCACAUUUGCGCUCGGGGUUUUUCCCGUAAGGACAAAAUGCAGUUCCAUGUGGCCACUCACACGGGUGAAAAGCCUCACAAAUGUCACCUCUGUCGAAUGGCCUUUAUUCGCAAGUCCAAUUUGAAGGACCAUAUUCGAAGACAUUCGGGUGAACGAAGGUUUUCAUGCCUGGUUUGUCGAAAGAUGUACAAGGGUUCGCACGAUCUUCGGAAACACUUGACCAAGCACCAUCCGUCCAUAGGGAAGAAGAUCAAGGCAAAUAUGCCGCUCACACCGCAGAUUUUGGCUAACUUUCGACCUUUGCCCAAGCACAAGAAGUCCGUGAAAGGCUUGAGCAAGGCCGAAACCGACGACUUGAUCAUUCGCGAUGAGCACGGAAAUGUGCUGGAGGCGGACAUUGUGAGUUGCUUCAGUGGGCUGGACAACUUGGAUCUGGAGGCCUUUGAUGUCACAGGCCCGUUUUUCGUCGGCGAGGCCGAGCAAAUGCACUGAUGACAAUAAACCUAACAAGAAACUAAAGGUCCUGAGAUUUAUUUGACCAUAAUAAUCGACUAUAUUCAAGAAAAAAGGAAGAGUUCUUAAUGUUUUCCCACGAGUCCUUGGCGAAUUGGAACCAAGUCCUUUCCGUUUGCUUCACUAUGGUCAAGGGUCUUCGGCUUUGAGACAAGAUCGCUCUUCUCAUGGCAUCAACACUGGUUUUGUACUUGAUUUCGGGUGAGAAUGGCCGAUUGCCAACAUUAGUCGGUCCUUCCAAGUCAAAGUCUGGCAGAAUGUAGAGAUUAACGCUCUUCUUGGCAUCCUUUUUCUCGCCUAAAAUCUCUAGGAAAGGCUGAGACGGAUGAAGUUGCGAGUCCUUAAAGACGCGUCCGUAGAAGUCACGCAUCUUCUUCUC